CACAAGAAGUGCAUUUAGUACAUUUAGUUGCCUAUGCAUGAUCUACGGCUUCAAGUCUACAUUCGUCAGGCAGCACCCGCGAGCAAAGGAAGAAAGCAAAACUUCCAGUGUAUCGUCCGAUCCCAAAAAUGGACAUCGUCCGACUGCUGAAUGCGUGUGAAACUGGUCAACUUUCCGAAGACCUCGUCAACGAGGUGAAGUCUCACACGACUGACGUGAACUGCAGUGCUGCCAAAUACAUCAGGCGGCCACUUCACGUAGCCAUCGAAUAUGGUCACAAAGACAUCUUGAAUUUUCUCAUCGAAAAUGGCGCCGAUUUGGAAUCGUCUGCUCUUGAUGGUUCUUCGCCCCUAAUCCUUGCUGCAAGACGCGGCGAGGCUAGAGUCAUGAAGAAACUUUUGGACAGAGGUGCAAAUAUCAAUGUUCAAAACAAAUACUUGGAGAGGCCCCUCCAUCUUGCUUGCCGGAGUUCUGACGUCACUACCGUGAGGAAGAUCCUUGAGUUGGGUGCUGACGUCAUGAGUUUUGACAGUGUUGACACUCCCCUCCACAUUGCAAGCAGACGAGGGGCUGUUGACAUAUGCACUGUUCUGUUGGACGCUGGAGCAGACGUGGAUGCUUUGAAUAAACAUAACUUGACGUCCCUUCAUGAGGCUUGUAACCGUGGUAACGCUCAAGUGGUCGAGAUUCUGAUAAAAAGAAGAGCAGAUAUUCAUCAUCUUGGGAAGGGAAAGACGCCAUUUGCAUUAGCCUGCUUGAAUGGAAAUGUAAACAUCAUACGCAUGCUCCUUCAGAGAGGAUGUGAAGUAAAUGUAUACUCUGCGACAGAGCUACCACCUAUUUGCGUUGCGUAUAACGAACAGAAUGUACCACUUAUGAAGUUGCUUCGAGAGUUUGGCGCGGAAGUCCCGCCUGAGCGAAUGACAUAUCUUCAUAUCGCUUGUCUCCUUGGCGACCUGGAAGAAGUUGACAAGCUCCUAGCCAGGGAGGACAUCCCUAAGCAUGCCAAGGACGGCCGUGGCAACACCGCGCUUCAUAUCGCGGUGCGAAAAAACCAUCUCGGUGUAGCGGAUUUGUGUCUUCAAAAUGGCAUUGACGUGAACUUUAUGGACCAAGAGAGGAACACGGCACUACAUUUGGCGACAAGGCAGCGCAAUGCCGCACUCGUUGAUUUGCUUCUUCAGUACAACGCGAAAUCUAACUGGAAGAACUUCGAAGGGUUCACCCCUCUUCACAUCGCCGCAUCAAACGGUGACAUUGAUUUGCUUAAGAAGUAUUUGAAUGCCACAGAAUCCCCAGCCGGAACUUUCGAUUUGAAAUCUGCAUUACGCAUGGCAGCACGUGGUGGUCACGUGUCAUGCAUGGAACUGCUAAUCCAAAAUGGCGCCCAGUUAGACCCAGAGGAGGGUCGACAGUUCUUACUCAGUGCCGUCGAGGAUGGUUAUCUGGAACUUGUAGAUGUUCUCAUGGAGAAGUAUCUGAUCACAGCAGACGUAAAGCACUUCUUUUCUCAGCGCGGCCUCCACCAGGUCUGCUGGCGUGCAGAUCUGUACCACUUUCAGAGAAUAGUCGAUUUCGGGGUUGAUGUUGACUGCUGCGGCUCAGGGGGCGACAGUGCACUCCACUUUUGCGCGGUCCACGGUAUUACGCACGCUGCGUCCGUCCUAAUACAGUUAGGCGCCACAGUGGACUUGGCUGACGUGAAUGGGAUCACGCCCCUGAUGACGGCCUGUCUCCAUGGACACCAGGCAAUUGUCAAACUAUUCUUAGAAAACAAGGCAGAUGCCUUGAAAAAGGACAACCGUGGUCAACAGGCCCUCCAUUACGCCAGCGAGAGGGGCAACCUUAAAAUCAUCAGAGAGCUUCUGAAACAAGUGCCGGAAAUAGACAUCAAUGCCAAAAGCAAAGAGGGAGAAACUGCACUUCACAGAGCAGCCGAAAGAGGGCACCUCUUCUGUGUCCUUGACCUUCUGUCACGUGAAGCACACGUUAACGCAACUGAUUCAAAAUCCCGCACCCCGUUUGCCGCUGCGUGCGCAAAUAUCUUCGAGAUGUCUGGAAUGAGACGAUUUGUUCGGGCUCGAGUUGAAACUCUAAUGAACAAACGGUCAACUUCUGGUAUAGAGAUCAUGGAGUUGCUCCUCCUAACGGGGUGUGAUGGAAGAAUUAAAGACAUCAACCAGGAAACUCCGUUCAUAUCUUUGGUGCGGAAGCGUCUUGGUACCAACCCAGCCACCGGAGCAAGGGAUUUCCAGUACCUGUUCGAUGACGACCUCUCCACAUCAAUCUUCCAUUUGUUACAGGACGCCUGCUACGCCCAAGGCGAUCUUGAAAGCACACUAUGGCUGACCUUGGGGAACAUUGAACUUCUGAUCAAGAAAACCUUGGCGUUUUUGAUCAUAGCAGGCUGUGGGUCAGAGACCAUUAUCAGUGACACCCUACUGACAAGAAUAUUCAUCCAGAAGGACUUCGAUUCUUUUCGUCUGCUUCACCGAUGUUGUUAUCGCCUGACUGAUGACGUCAUUCAAGCCACGCUGACUGAAGUGCCCCUACCGGUGGAUACACUCAACGAAUUCUUGGACAUUUUCCGAGAGGUUCCGACGUUGAAGUUGCUCUGCCGAGCAGCGGUUCGGGGUCAUGUUCGGAAACUGAACAAGGGGUGUUUAUCAACUGCAGUCCAAACUUUCCACAUCCCUCAAGUGUUGAAGAAUGUGUUGUUGUUCAGCACGAAAGCGUCCAAUUAUAUCUUCGUUGCUCCAGACGAGGUUAAGUUCCCCUAUACGCCGUUUGGACAUUUAGUUGAUUGAGAUCAUAAUGAAAACACUCGUGGACAAAGAGACUUCAGGCUGUUCGCAAAUUUACUCCCUCGUUUGACAAUGCAAAUAAAACACUUGAAAUAGCAGACUGAAAAAGAAAUAUCAGUGGCACCGCAUGCGUCCCCUUGACCUGGCAGGCAAAACAAUCGUCAGUCGCUACUGGUGUAAAAUGUAUCGAACGGCACCAAAAUGAAACACAAUGAAACCUGUAUUAGCACAACAUGUGAUUUUAUAGAGCUCGAAACCCCAAAAAAACUAUAUAAAUUCUUAUCUGAACGUCUCAUCUUUUUCAUACUUCGUGACAUGUACGUACGUUGCUGUAUGGAACAAUGUACAGCCUUUUGUACACAGGGCCGCGACCUCUCAACCGGCUGUAUAAUGGCGUGACAGUGCAUUGAACUCAAAAUACAUUGGUACAUAUGCGGUAGA